CUCCCAAUCAGUAUCCAAAGCAUACUCCCUCAUCAACCACAAAAUAUCAAUGAAGUCUCUCUCGGUCGCGUUGUCGAAUUUCUUGCUGCUAAUAACUUCAUCAAGGCACUGGAAGUCGCCAAGUCCCUAGUUUCCGGCCACCCGGACUCCGCCCUCGCCAACGCCCUCACCGCUCUCACCCUUAUGAAAUUCUCACUCAGAGACUCUGACGUCGUCCGAAGACGCGAAUACAUUGCCUCCGCCCUUGACUUCAGCAAAACAGCCCUCGCGCUUUCCCCAAAAUCCAUUGCUUUCGGUUUCUUGAACGCCAAAAUCCACUUAGCCAAUGCCCAUGACGACGCUGCCAUCCAAGAAUGUGAGUCUGCUAUGUCCAUUGAGGAUCCUCGGGACCCCUGGCUAGAUUACUUGGGCAUCAUCAACGAGGGAUAUGAUCCCCGAGAGUCCAGCAAAGAGUCGCGAAUUGAGAGAGUGAGAGCGGAGCUCAGAAAGCUGUUAGUGAAAGCUAAGAGGUACAAGUUCAAGAGGCUCGUUGAGGACCAUUCACUGGCAGAGAUAAGUAAGGAAUUUCAAGCUUUGCAAGAUAGAAAGGAAGAGAUACAAACAAGAUUUGAUAGGGAGAGGCAGAGUUUUGAAAAGAUGGAAACGCCAUCACCGGCUACUUCAGCAAGACAACUCAAGAAAGUCUUGUCCAAUGUCGACAUGAUAACACGUGCCAGGGAUUAUUGGAACAAUGUGAUGAGCUUGGAGGCAAAGAAGGAUUUUCUGAGUGUCAGGAUUGAAAAAUUCUUCCAUAAGAAUAAAUCGAUGGGGGUGAAGGCAAAAGUGGUGUUGGCAGAGGCUGUGGAGUACGCGAAGGAGACGAAGAGUUGGAAGUUUUCAACGUGUUGUUGUUGUGGCCAGAGGUUUUCAGAUGAAGAAUUGAAUUUGGAGCAUAUGAAAAGUGCCCACUUAGGGACUUCGUCAGAGGAGUUACAGUCUGUUGUGCCGAAAACUGUACCAAUUUCAGAAAUUGAAAUCGGUGAUUGGAGGCCAGUGAACGUGGUUGCCGCUGCAAAAUUGAUUGAAGAUUUGUCAAGAAACGACUCUGGAAAUAAAGGCCAAGAUGAAGGCAAGUCACAAGAUUUGAAGUUGGAGAACUUGCCUCAUUGCAAUGAUAUCAACCGCGGCAUGUUAAUCAAGAGCAUUUGGGUUCUUUUGCAAUUGUUUAUAGAGAUUGAGUGUUUUGCUCCGAGUCAUUUCUAUAUGCUGCUGGACUUGAUAUUGGAAAUGCUGAAGAACCAAAUCCCAGAAAUGCUGCUUAAUCAGCGUUGGAUGAAGACAACGCUGGUCUCAGUUUGGUUUCUUGAUGAACCGGAGCUUGAAAGUGUCCAAGAAUUCUUGAUAGAAGAACUCGGGAUUUCUUGUGGAUUACAAGGUCUCUACACCAGUUGCCAUAGGGACAAAGCUAGACGUGGUCUUACUAUUCCUCAUGAGAGUAUCGUCUUCAGAGACGAUGACUUGUCUCAUCUAAUUCCGCUGCUUGAUGAAACCAGUGAACUAGCUUCUAGAAGUGUUGAUGAUAUCAAGAAUGUUGGACAGGAAUAUAGAGAUAAUAUUGUUCAGUGGUUAUUCACUGGUGGUGAGCCUAUUGGGGAGAAAUUGAAGGAGUGGGAAAAAUAUAGAGAAGCUAGCAAAAGUCUAGGAAUGGAACUUUUCAAGAUCAUUGAGUCUGAAUUUCACCGGCUGCAGAAUAUGUGUGAGAGGAAAUGCAAGUAUUUGAGACACGAGAAGCUAUGGCUGGAUAUGGAGGGAAUAUGUAUGGAAGAAGAUAAGAGAAGAAAAGAGAUUUCUGGCAACCAACAGAGUUACAGGUCACUCUUGUUAAAGCGGCAAAAAGAUAUUGAGAAGGAGAAAAUAAUUGAUGAGAUGGGUAGCAUGGAGUUGGAUAUCAUAGGGAGUAUUUUGAAAAAAGUACAAGCUGACAAUGACAUAAAAAUGUUAUUCCAGAUGCACAUUGAUCAGAUGGGUGGGAAGUGUUUCAAAUCCGAUGCUACAAUCCUGGCUACUAAUGCUGCCAUGCAGCAGACAUGGAAUAAACUUAAGAUGGUAACUUCUUAUGACUAUAGACGGAUUGUGGUGCCAUUGUUAAAGACAUUCAUGCGGGCACAACUAGAAGAUAUGGUUGACAAAUAUGCUACAGAAAAGUCUAAUGCUGAAAUAGAAGUGUUGUUAUCAGAGCUUGAUCUUAAUGCCAAGAACAACACUGGAAGAGGAGGAGUUGAUGCAAGACAAGGACAGGGGAAAUCAAAGAAUAAAAAGAAGAAAAAGGAUCACAGAAAGGCUAAGGAAUUUAAGGCAACUGGUGGUAGUGAAGAUCAACAGGGAAAUGUGGAACAAACUUCGGUUCCAGCUGCACAUGGCAAAGAUCAUCCUGUUAAUCCUAAGGUUGUUGGUCCUGUAACCACUGAUGAAUUAGAGCAAGAGGAAAGGGAACUUACAAGUAAGGCUGAGGAAGAGUGUAGGGUUGAGGAGCAUCGAAGAAUGCUUGCAAAGCAUUUGGAGUACCAAAGGCAGAUUGAGAAUGAGGCCAAACAAAAACGCCUUGCUGAGAUAGAUAAGGCUUAA